AUGGCGACCGGAGGAGGGAGCUCCGGCGAGGAAACCACCACGGCAGCCAAGGCUUUCGGGGGAGAGAACUCCCUCAUGGUGGCGCUAGAGGGGCUGCCACCGAUCCAGGGAGGUAGCUGGGUUUGGUCAUUGGUAAGACGGUUUGAUCAACCCCAAAAGUACAAGCCAUUCGUGAGCAGGUGUGUUGUGCAGGGAAAUCUUAAGAUUGGGAGUCUCAGAGUAGUUGAUGUUAAGUCUGGGCUUCCUGCCACCACUAUUACUGAGAGGUUGGAACUUGUUGAUGACGACAAGCAUCUUCCUAGCAUUAAAAUAAUUGGUGGAGAUCACAGACUUAGGAACUACUCUUCAAUCAUUUCCCUCCAUCCAGAAAUCGUUGAUGGAAGACCAGGGACUGUGGUGAUCGAAUCAUUUGUAGUUGAUGUGCCUGAGGGGAACACCAAGGAUGAAACCUGCUACUUUGUUGAAGCUGUGAUUCAAUGCAAUCUCAAAUCACUUUGUGAUGUCUCAGAGAGGCUUGCAGCGCAGGACCACACUGAACCAAUAGAUCGGCUCUGAAAUUGAAGCCGAGACAUAUAAUGGAGACGGGGCUGCCAUGGAUGAAGCUUCCGAGCUUUCAUAUAUCUCAGAGGUUUUGGAGACAGACAGGCAGUAGUAUGCUUCCAUUGCACAUGCAACAAACAUUCAUGUCUCAUUUGCUUGCUUUGUUUUCUGUGUUCAAGAUCAUAUUGUCAAAACUUCU